AUGCCAAUCAAGUCGACAAACUCGAAACCAACACAGGCGGCAAACAUUGGUGUCAACACCGAUGUUGCAGAGCCUGACCCCCGCUCAGUAUACCUGUUGCCAGCAGACGUGUAUGGGCAGAGCCAAAGUACCUUUUCCGAUAUUUCUAUUUUCUCCCGGUGUGACUGGAAGCCAAACAUUCUUGAAAACUUUGCCCAACUCUAUGCGACGAACAAAUUUUCCUUUUCUUUCUUCAAAAUAAAAGCUUUUCAGGAAUUGCGUCUAUCGCCAACCGAAAUCAGUACACCCGAUAUGGACACAAUCUGCGUCACAGAAAUGACACUUUCCAAGACGUGUGCAAGCUUACUACAUAUCACGCUAUUUUACUAUGCCUCACCGACAGACUACGUCACUGGAGAAUACAUAGUAUGCGAACGCCGUUCCAGUCGAACUCGUGUCCUUCUUGUGUCUGGUCUGGGGGAUCCUUUACGUGGACGAUACAUGUUAAACAAUGUUUUCGACGAUAUCAAAUUCACAACCGGGGAAGAAAACAAAACUUGCGUUCGUGUCCUUCUUGGUCUUUGUCUGGGGGAUCCUUUACGUGGACGAUACAUGUUAAACAAUGUUUUCGACGAUAUCAAAUUCACAACCGGGGAAGAAAACAACGGAAAACUUGCGUCCCUCGACAUUCUCAUCUCUAGAUUGCCGGACGAACAACUACAAACGGAGGUCUUCAGAAAGGCUAUACAUAAGGACCAAAUCUUUUGCCACCACAGCAACCAUCCAAAUUGCCACAAACGAGGCUGCAUUCGGACACUUUUCAAGCGGAUCGCGAUACACUGCAGUACAACAGAAUCCUAG